AUGUCUGCAGCAAAUGGUAUCAGGCACAUGAAGCAGCACAAGCGGCAAGUUCUCAAUCUUUACAAACGAGUACUAAGAGUCAACAAACAGCUACCAAAGGAAUUUCGCCUAGUUGGCAAUGCGUAUGUUAGAGAUGAAUUUAAAAGGCAUAAAACCAUGGCUAUGGAUGAAGGAAAUGUAAAGGAGUUUCUUUCAGAAUGGAAGAUGUAUGCAGAUCAUUUAGAAGUACAAUUAAAGCAAAAUCAUGCCAUAGGAUCCAAUUUGUCAUCGCAGGACCUUAAUCGCCUCAGUGAAGAUCAACUAGGUCAAUUGUAUCAUCUACAAGAGGAGGUAUAUAAAGAAAUAUUUAAUUCCAUUACUAGUAUAGAAUAUCAACUCUACUGGUUAUGA